GGACCAAGGUAGACGGCUGUCAGAGUUAUGUUGCUGUGGUCACUGUGCAGUGCAAUAUUGCUGCUGGUCCCCCUUGAGGCUGCAGAGGAGGACAAUGUCCGAGCAGGCUGUAGCACAGCUGUUAAUGACCUGGUCUACAUCGUUGAUGGCUCAUGGAGUGUCGGCUUCUCUGACUUUGACACGGCCAAACAGUGGCUUAUCAACAUCACCAGGCAGUUUGACGUCAGCUCCCACUACACACAGGUGGCUGUGAUCCAGUACAGUGACACGCCUCGCAUGGAGAUUCCUCUGGGGCAACACCAGAGUGGCGCGAAGCUCAUCCAAGCUAUACAGAGCAUCAGCUACCUGGGAGGAAACACGCAGACUGGCAGGGCCAUCAAGUUUGCCGUGGACCACGUCUUCGCCUCCUCGCACAGAGCCAACCAGGUCAAAAAUCGCAUCGCCGUCGUGGUUACCGACGGCAAAUCUCAGGAUGACGUGGUGGAUGCCAGUGUGGAGGCCCGAGCUCAGGGCAUUACAGUGUUUGCUGUUGGAGUUGGCAGUGAGAUCACCACCUCAGAGCUGGUAUCCAUCGCCAACAGGCCGUCAUCUGCCUAUGUCCUAUAUGCCGCAGAUUACACCACCAUUGACCUCAUUCAAGGUUCCAUGGAGCAGAAGCUCUGCGAAGAGUCUGUUUGUCCAACACGAAUCCCGGUGGCCUCUCGGGAUGAGAAAGGCUUUGAGCUGUUGCUGGGCAUGAACAUUCCGAAGAAGGCCAAGAAGAUCCCUGGCUCUUUGAUUUCUGAGGCUGCUUACGCUCUGACGGCCUCCACUGAUAUUACUGAGGACACCAGGGACGUCUUCCCAGAAGGCCUCCCUCCUUCCUAUGUGUUCGUAGCCACCCUGCGUCUAAAGGGGACUUCUAGCCAGCUGACCUUUGACCUUUGGAGGGUGCUGUCUAAGGAUAAGGAGAUACAGGUUGCAGUGACACUAAGUGGAAAGGAAAAAAGUGUCAUCUUUACCACCACUAGCUUAACUGCAAAAGAGCAGAGAGUCACCUUCAAAGGCGUCCAGACUCUUUAUGAUGGAAAGUGGCAUCAGCUCAAAGUCCUGGUGAGACAACGUCAGGUCAGCAGUUUCCUCGACGAUCUACUGAUCCAGGAAGAACUGCUGGAACCAGUCGAGCCCAUCUACAUCAAUGGGGAGACACAGGUUGCUAAGAGACGAGGAACUGACCUACCUGUGCCCGUGGAGAUUCAGAAGCUUCGUCUGUACUGUGACCCUCAUCAGAGCGAGAGAGAAACGGCGUGUGAGAUCUACUCUGUGGAUGAUGAAAGGUGUCCUCUGAAUCGAACCGCCACCGUGGACGAAGAAGACUGCAACUGUGUGGUCGGACCACAAGGGCAGCGUGGGGUGCCCGGUCGCAUGGGUUUCCGAGGGGAGAAAGGGAGGGAUGGACCACCAGGGCGUGAUGGUGCACCUGGUUAUGAUGGAAAACCUGGGGAAUCUGGCCUUCCUGGAUUACCAGGAAUGAAGGGAGAAGGUGGUCCAGCAGGACCAAAAGGGGAGCCUGGUCUCGAAGGCAUCAAGGGAGAGCGAGGGGAACCAGGCUUAUCAGGAGAACCAGGACCCCCGGGACCCAAGGGUCUUGCGGGCAAGAGAGGUGAACAAGGACCCACAGGAGAAGCUGGACCAAUGGGGGAGCCGGGAUUAACCGGCACCGCUGGACCCAUUGGGCCCCCAGGACCAAAGGCAGACAGGCGAGACUUGGGAGAGCAGGGUGCUGCCGGAGCUCAAGGCGCCCCGGGUGUCCAGGGUUCUCCAGGUGAAAAGGGACUUCAGGGCUCGGGCGGCUCGCCUGGUCCACGAGGGCUACCUGGAAUAAACGGGUCGCUGGGAGCCCAGGGGCCUGCGGGGCCGCCCGGAGAGUUUGGCCCAGAUGGUCCCAAGGGUAAUUGUGGAGAUCCAGGAGCCACCGGGCCCGCUGGUCCACCAGGCCAGAAGGGCUCAGCAGGGGAGUCGGGAUUUCCAGGGCUACCGGGUACCGCGGGACUGUUUGGGUUCAAAGGUCACAAGGGGGGGAGAGGAGAGACGGGCCCUAAAGGAUGCCAGGGGGAGCGAGGCAGAGAUGGAGAUCCAGGGACUCCCGGUGUACCUGGCGAAGCGGGACCCAUGGGAAGGAAAGGAGAGACAGGAAUGACAGGUGACCCAGGCCACAGGGGGCCCGAAGGAAAGAAAGGGGACAUGGGCCACAUGGGACCUGCUGGUCCCAGGGGUUUCCUUGGACAGGACGGGUUGCCGGGGCGACCAGGUCAACCGGGAUAUCCUGGGAAGCCUGGCAAGCCUCCCUCAGACGAAUAUCUUCUAAAGCUGUGCACUGAUGUUCUGCGUAAUCAGCUCCCAGCACUGCUCCAGACCUUGGCCCCUCCAGCUAAGUGUGAGCCGUGCCAGAGCGUGGAGGGACCCCCGGGACAGCCAGGAGCACCAGGCGCCAAAGGCUCCAUGGGCCCUGCAGGCUACCCUGGCAGGAGGGGCACUCCAGGUUACCCUGGACAUUCUGGAAUGCAGGGUCCUGCAGGCAUAAAAGGUGACAUAGGACCAAGAGGGCUCAAAGGCAUUAAAGGAGAAGGUUACCAUGGACCUCCAGGACCACCUGGACAUCCAGGGAUUCAAGGUCCUCGGGGAUUCGAUGGAAUCGGCCAUCCAGGAAACCAAGGUAUUCCUGGAAAACCCGGAGCACAAGGAGAACCUGGUAAACGGGGCCAUGCAGGGCCUCAAGGGGUUUGUGAUGUUUCAAUAUGUUAUCAGACCUACAACCUAAGGGAACAUUACAGCAAAGGACCCAACGUCUGAUAACAUGGUUGUGGGGGAAGGGCUCCUGCGGAACGUGCCCAUUGCUGUAACCCUGAUCGACUGAGCGGCGUGGGACGGUUGGCUUCUCCAUGACAAAGUGUGUAGAGAACAUCUACUCCUGGAGGCAGAAAUAACCUCGAUAGUUGACUUUAAGCAAAACAGGAAGAACGUUGGUUCAUGACUUUGGAAUUCAUGCUUAAAGGCGGUGAGCAGGCUGCUAUGAUAAAGAGCAACUUGGC